CAACUUUGCAGCUAGCUGAGAUUAGGUUUACGGAGAGCCUUUCGCUGGAUGUAAAACUCCAAGCCAAAAACCUCCCUAGUUUCAUCUUCACUUCAUAUGAAUGGGAAAUGAAAAAAGACACUGAAAGAAAUUUCGCAGGAAAAGGAAAUACAGAAGAAGAUAAACCCGCUGAAAGAAAAGAGCAACAAGAAGAAAGAACUAAAAUUGAAUGGGAUUUCAAUCUCUGCACCGUUGUUUCUUCAAAUACCACAGAAGGAGCCGUAUCGGAUACCCUCGGAGUCAUUGAAUUCGACCCCUCUGAUUCAAUCUUCGCAACCGGAGGAAUCGCGAGAAAGAUUAGAGUUUACAAUAUAAAGUCUUUGUUGCUAGAGGAAAAUAAUUUCACAGAUGUUAAUUGGUUAGACCAUUCGAGCGCAUACGAGUAUUAUAUUUGCACCCCGGCUAAGCUGAGUAGCCUGCGGUGGAAACCUGGGACAAACGGGCGGGUCUUGGGAUCCGGAGACUACGAUGGAGUCGUGAUGGAGUAUGAUCUAGAGAGAAAAAUGCCGAUAUUUGAACGAGACGAGCAUGGUGGGAGACGGGUUUGGAGCGUGGACUAUUCACAAUGGAAUCCAGUGGUGGGCGCCUCCGGAUCCGCCGAUGGCACUAUGCAAAUGUGGGAUCCCCGUUACGACGGUGGUAAAUGUAUAGCGACUGUGCAGCCCAGUUUGGCACGCAGUUCGGUCUGUUGCGUUGAGUUUAAUCCGUUUGGCGGAGCAUUGGUAACCCUUGGAUGCGCUGACAAGAAAGCUUAUGCGUACGAUGUGCGGCACAUGGCUGACCCAGUGUUCGUAUUUGAUGGGCACCAGAAAACAGUAACAUACAUUCGAUUCAUGGAUGAAUAUGCUCUUGUAACAGCAGCAACAGAUGGCUGUUUAAAGCUCUGGAACAUAAAUGAAACCCAAAUAAUCAGGAGUUACAAAGGACAUGUGAACAGCAGAAGCUUUGUUGGGUUAUCAGUGUGGAGAAACGGGGGAUUACUGGGCUGUGGAUCAGAGACAAAUCAAGUGUUUGUCUACGACAAGAGGUGGGGCGAGCCCAUUUGGGUGCAUGGGUUCAAGCCAGUGGCUGUUGGUCGAACCGAGACUGGGUUUGUGAGCAGUGUGUGUUGGAGACAAGCGGGAGAGGAUCAGUGCACACUUGUUGCAGCAGGAUCAGAUGGGGCUCUGCAAGUUUUUGUGGGCAAAAGGAAAUCAUCAUCAUCAUUACCAUCUUCUUCUUCUUCAUCUAGUCAUUAAAAAGAGUACUCAAUCUUCCAUUCAAUCAUUUACACACAAUAUGAUAAUUCAUCAGAGGUUAAUAAAUAUAUACAGGGAGAUAAGAAGAUGAAUGUUCCAUAUUUAUAUACAUCAUAUAUGACAUUUUGCAGUUUACUAA